UAAAAAAGAUAAGAAGAAGGAAAAGAAACCAACUGUCAGUGUAUUUGCAAUGUUUCGCUAUUCAAAUUGGCUCGAUAGGCUGUAUAUGGUGGUAGGAACUUUGGCUGCCAUGGCCCAUGGAGCUGCCCUCCCUCUCAUGAUGUUGAUCUUUGGAGAAAUGACGGAUAGCUUCGCAAAUCCGGGGAACUACAGUGAAGGUGGUAGCAACAGUAUACCAUAUGACAACGUAACAUCGUUCUCCAAACUGGAAGAAGAAAUGACCAGAUAUGCCUAUUAUUACAGCGGAAUCGGUGCUGGUGUGCUCGUGGCUGCUUACAUUCAGGUUUCAUUUUGGUGCUUAGCAGCUGGAAGACAAAUAAACAAAAUCAGAAAACAGUUUUUUCAUGCUAUCAUGCGACAGGAAGUAGGCUGGUUUGAUGUGCAUGAUGUUGGAGAGCUCAACACCCGGCUCACAGAUGAUGUCUCCAAAAUUAAUGAAGGAAUUGGUGACAAAAUUGGAAUGUUCUUUCAGUCAAUGGCAACAUUUUUCACCGGUUUCAUAAUAGGAUUUACACGUGGUUGGAAACUAACCCUUGUGAUUUUGGCCAUCAGUCCUGUUCUUGGACUGUCAGCUGCUAUCUGGGCAAAGAUAUUGUCUUCGUUUACUGAUAAAGAACUCUUGGCAUAUGCCAAAGCUGGAGCAGUAGCAGAAGAGGUCUUAGCAGCAAUUAGAACUGUGAUUGCAUUUGGAGGACAAAAGAAAGAACUUGAAAGGUACAAUAACAAUUUAGAAGAAGCUAAAAGAAUUGGGAUUAAAAAAGCUGUCACAGCCAACAUUUCUGUGGGUGCUACUUUCCUGUUGAUCUAUACAUCAUAUGCCCUGGCGUUCUGGUAUGGGACCUCCUUGGUCAUCUCAGGAGAAUAUACGAUUGGGAAAGUCCUCAGUGUCUUCUUUGCUGUGUUAAUUGGAACUUUCAGCAUUGGACAGACAUCUCCAAGCAUUGAAGCAUUUGCGAAUGCAAGAGGAGCAGCCUAUGAAAUUUUCAAGAUAAUUGAUAAUAAGCCAAAUAUUGACAGCUAUUCGAAGAAUGGGCACAAGCCAGAUAAUAUUAAGGGAAAUUUGGAAUUCAGAAAUGUUCACUUCAGUUACCCAUCUCGAAAAGAAGUUAAGAUCUUGAAGGGCCUCAGCCUGAAGGUGCAGAGUGGGCAGACGGUGGCUCUGGUUGGGAACAGCGGCUGUGGGAAAAGCACGACGGUCCAGCUGAUGCAGAGGCUCUAUGACCCCACGGAGGGCGUGGUCAGUAUUGACGGGCAAGACAUUAGGACCAUAAAUGUCAGAUAUCUGCGGGAAAUCACUGGUGUGGUGAGUCAGGAACCUGUGCUGUUUGCCACCACGAUAGCUGAAAACAUUCGCUAUGGCCGUGAAAAUGUCACCAUGGAUGAGAUUGAGAAAGCUGUCAAGGAAGCCAACGCCUAUGACUUUAUCAUGAAACUACCUCACAAAUUUGACACCGUGGUUGGAGAGAGAGGGGCACAGCUGAGUGGAGGACAGAAACAGAGGAUCGCCAUUGCUCGAGCCCUGGUUCGCAACCCCAAGAUCCUGCUGCUGGAUGAGGCCACGUCAGCCUUGGACACAGAGAGUGAAGCAGUGGUUCAGGCGGCUCUGGAUAAGGCUAGGAAAGGCCGGACCACCAUUGUGAUAGCGCAUCGUUUGUCCACAGUGCGUAACGCUGACGUCAUUGCUGGUUUUGAUGAUGGAGUCAUCGUGGAAAAAGGAAGUCAUGAGGAACUGAUGAAAGAGAAAGGCAUUUACUUCAAACUAGUCACCAUGCAGAUGGUGGGAAAUGAAAUCAAAUUAGAAUGUUCGACUGGUGAAUCCAAAAGUGAAACUGAUGCCAUAGAAAUGUCUGCCAAAAAUUCGGGAUCCAGUCUAAGAAGAAGAAGAUCAUCUCACAGGAGUGUCUGUGGAUCACAAAACCAAGACAGAGAGCUUAGCACAAAAGAGGCUGAGGAUGAAAAUGUACCUCCAGUUUCCUUUUGGAGGAUUCUGAAGAUGAAUUUAACUGAAUGGCCUUAUUUUCUGGUUGGGAUAUUUUGUGCCAUUAUAAAUGGAGGCCUACGACCAGCAUUUUCAGUAAUAUUUUCAAGGAUUGUAGGGGUUUUCCUAAGAAAUGAUGAUCUUGAAACGAAACGGCAAAAUAGUAAUAUGUUUUCACUCUUGUUUCUAGUCCUUGGGAUUAUUUCUUUUUUUACUUUUUUCCUUCAGGGCUUCACUUUUGGCAAAGCUGGAGAGAUUCUCACCAAGCGGCUCCGGUACAUGGUUUUCAAGUCCAUGCUGAGACAGGCCAUCGGUUCCAGGCUUGCUGUAAUUACCGAAAAUGUGGCAAAUCUUGGGACAGGAAUUAUUAUAUCCUUAGUCUACGGUUGGCAGUUAACACUUUUACUCUUGGCAAUUGUACCCAUCAUUGCAAUAGCAGGAGUUAUUGAAAUGAAAAUGUUGUCUGGACAAGCACGCAAAGAUAAGCAAGAACUCGAAGGUGCUGGGAAGAUUGCUACUGAAGCAAUAGAAAACUUCCGAACUGUGGUUUCUUUGACGCGAGAGCAGAAGUUUGAAUCUAUGUAUGGACAGGGUUUGCAGAUACCAUACAGAAAUUCUUUGAAGAAAGCACACAUCUUUGGAAUCACAUUCUCCUUCACCCAGGCAGUGAUAUAUUUUUCCUAUGCUGGCUGUUUCCGGUUUGGUGCCUACUUGGUGGCACGUGGUCACAUGAACUUUCAGGAUGUUCUAUUGACAUGUCGUUUUGCCUUGGAGUCUCUGCCUGUUACCACCAAAACACUCCACCUCACUUGGAGUAUUAGUACAUCUUCUCUUCCCAGUGCAGACUGGCACGUUAAGUUUGAAGGAAAUGUGACAUUUAAUGAGGUUGUGUUCAAUUAUCCCUCACGGCCAAAUGUGCCAGUGCUCCAGGGGCUGAGCCUGGAGGUGAAGAAGGGCCAGACGCUGGCCCUGGUGGGCAGCAGUGGCUGUGGGAAGAGCACGGUGGUCCAGCUCCUCGAGCGGUUCUACGACCCCAUAGCCGGGACAGUGAAAAUCGAUGGAGAGGAAAUAAAGAAUCUGAACGUCCAGUGGCUCCGAGCGCAACUUGGAAUUGUGUCGCAGGAGCCCAUCCUGUUUGACUGCAGCAUUGCUGAGAACAUCGCCUACGGAGACAACAGCCGGUUCGUGUCACAGGAAGAGAUUGUGAAGGCAGCCAAAGAGGCCAACAUCCAUUCCUUCAUUGACUCACUGCCUGAUAAAUACAACACCAGAGUAGGGGACAAAGGAACUCAGCUCUCUGGCGGCCAGAAGCAACGCAUCGCCAUCGCUCGUGCCCUGGUUAGACAGCCUCAUAUUUUGCUUCUGGAUGAAGCUACGUCAGCUCUGGAUACUGAAAGUGAGAAGGUUGUCCAAGAAGCCCUGGACAAAGCCAGAGAAGGCCGCACCUGCAUUGUGAUCGCUCACCGCCUGUCCACCAUCCAGAACGCGGACUUGAUAGUGGUGUUUCAGAACGGCAGAAUCAAGGAGCACGGCACACACGAACAGCUGCUGGCGCAGAAGGGCAUCUAUUUUUCAAUGGUCAGUGUCCAGAGUGGAGCCAGGCGCCACUGAACUGUGCCCAUAUGACUAUUAACUAUUUUUAAUAUUUGUGCUUAAAAAAAAGGCAUUUAAUCAAAGUUAAAAAGCAAGCACUUACUGGAUUAUGUAGAGUUAUUUGCUUAACAUUUCCUGUCACAAAUGAAGAUCAUUCCAGUGA